CGGAGUUCCGGUCUUUUUACGUUUAGUGUUGAGGGAGUGCGUUGGUGCUUAGCCACUCAACUAGUUUUCUGAAGAUGACUGAAACCCUGAAGCUUCGCGGCACGCUCUGUGGCCACAAUGGAUGGGUCACACAAAUUGCGACCAAUCCUAAAUACCCUGAUAUGAUUUUGUCUUCUUCUCGAGACAAAACCCUCAUCGUGUGGAAACUAACCAGAGACGAGACCAACUACGGUGUGCCUCAGAAGCGUCUAUACGGUCACUCGCACUUCAUCUCUGAUGUCGUGCUCUCAAGUGACGGCAACUACGCUCUGUCGGGUUCAUGGGACAAGACCCUGCGUCUGUGGGAUCUUGCCGCAGGAAAGACUACUAGGCGUUUCGAAGACCAUACCAAGGAUGUACUCUCCGUCGCUUUCUCUGUUGACAACCGUCAAAUUGUCAGUGGAUCACGAGACAAGACAAUCAAGCUGUGGAACACCCUUGCUGAAUGCAAGUACACUAUCCAAGAUGAUGGCCACUCUGACUGGGUGUCAUGUGUUCGCUUCUCACCAAACCAUGCCAACCCAAUCAUCGUGUCUGCUGGUUGGGACAGGACCGUCAAGGUCUGGCAUCUUACCAACUGCAAGCUCAAGAUCAACCACCUUGGCCACUCUGGCUACCUGAACACAGUAACUGUUUCUCCUGAUGGUUCUCUGUGUGCCUCUGGUGGCAAGGACAUGAAAGCAAUGCUGUGGGACUUAAAUGAUGGCAAGCAUCUGCACACCCUGGACCACAAUGACAUCAUCACAUCACUGUGCUUCUCACCCAACAGAUACUGGCUGUGUGCUGCCUUUGGACCCUCCAUCAAGAUCUGGGAUCUUGAAAGCAAGGAGAUGGUUGAAGAGCUCAGACCUGAAAUCAUCAACCAGACCCAGACCUCCAAAUCUGACCCACCUCAGUGCCUAUCCCUGGCCUGGUCCACAGAUGGUCAGACCCUCUUCGCCGGAUACUCUGACAACAUCAUCAGAGUCUGGCAGGUGUCAGUGUCAGCCCGAUAAGGAGUUUGAAGUAUUUGUUUCAUUUAUUUUUGUGCUACUGAUUACUUGUGUAUCCUGCCUGAAGGAUAAAAAUAAAUGAAAUUGUUUUGAGAUA